CCGACGAGUCACGACAAGGACUCAUCGCGGACCGAGGAAACCGACGGAAUCCGCACGUGGCGGUCUUGGCUGCUGGGGAGGACAUGGACCAUGAUGGAAACAUCUUACCACUGCCUACCUUGUCCUCACCGAUCGAUCCAUGUCUUCUUCAGCGAUGGCUCUGAUGCGAGUACCCCACACCGGACUCCCAACGCCAACAUGGGUAACGCUACUUCACACUAGGCAAACCAGGCGUACUGCAGCCUAGGUCCUGGAUCCCAGGAUCCGACCUGGCUCCGGCUUCCAUGAGAAGAGCGACAAGGAUGUGAAGAAGGGAUAUAAAGUCGACCAUGGACGACCGUCUUGCUGUCCUGUUUUUCGCCGUCGUUCUCAAGCAGCUCAAUCCUGCCAUCCUAGCACCAGACAAUCUUUGGACAUCUUUUUUGUUGACUUCAGUCUCAAAACUUUCACCAUGCGCUUCUCCACCAUCGUUUCCGGCCUCCUGGCUUGCGCCCUCGGCGUCGCCGCCUCCCCUAGGCCUCGGUCUACCCCCGGCACUGAUACCGAGCUGAACCCCCCCUCCCACUCUCUCCUUGAGUGGACUCAGCCCGAGUACCUUCCCGAGCUGGUUCCUGCUUUCCAGGCCAAGAUUGACUGGGACUUGGACAACAACCACACUAUCGAGACUCCCAACGGCCUCCGCUGCAGCUGGUGGGCUCGCGAGGGCCACUGGUACGACUCCCACGGUCGUCAGUUCGGCGAGAUCCUCCGUGCCAACGACGACGGCAUCGUCACUCCUGGCACUGAGCCCGGCACCCGCUUCCUCGAGCUCAUCAUCUUCUACGUCGUCCUGCUUGACGACGGCCACUGGGCGUACGUGAAGCACACCGGUGGCGCUGUUGUCCGCCAGUACCAGAACGGCAUUGUUCGCGUCGAGACCGACUCCGAGAAGUACAGCUGGCUCAACCGCGUCGACUUCGUUGCCCCCGGCGCCUUCAAUGGCACUGAGGUCAUGACUGUCAACCACUACUUCCCUAACGGCCACAACCUUCCCAACGGUCUCCCCCCCAACCACGGAACCUGCUAAGCUCGCUUCGCGAUGAGUGUUCCUCCCGACCACUAGACUGGACUGAAAAAGACACGCUGUAAUAUAGAGGUUUGUGUGGGUUUCGUGAUCGCAUAAGCUGCUCAAUCGAGGGUUGUCUCUGCUGCUUCUCGAGCCUUUUAGACUAGGGAAGGAAAAUGGUGAAAGGGUUAAGAUUUGUCUGAAAAAAAUUCGUUGCCGUCCCUAUAUUUGUGAUGUCCCCAUUCCUAGUCAAGACCGCAUUUGG